CCGGGCCGCGGCGAGAGCGAGCAGCGGGGCCCUGUGGCUCUGUGCGCUCAGCCUGGAACGCGAACCGGGGGAGGGAGAGUCCGCCGGCAGCCCGCGGCACCAUCACUACUACUCUGUAAGAUCCAUGAGGCCGGGAGCAUCCUUUGGCACAGCUGACCUGCUGCAUGGUCUGAGAACAUCACCUGGAAUAAGGUUCUCUCUCUAGUUGGAGGUUUUUCUGGUUAAAGAAAGUAAAAUGGCCUUGAUGUUGCUCAGUCGACAGCUGACUUGUUCUCUGCAACAGAACUCCAGGCUGUUUGCAUGUGGGCACAGAUUGAUCAGUCAAACUGCAGCUAAAAUUGAUGUGGACUUUGAUUAUGAUGGACCGUUAAUGAAGACAGAAGUUCCUGGGCCUAGGUCCAGAGAGUUAAUGAAACAGCUAAAUGGAAUACAGAAUGCAGAAGCCGUGCACUUUUUUUGCAAUUAUCAAGAGAGCCGAGGGAACUACCUUGUAGACGUAGAUGGCAACCGCAUGCUGGAUCUCUACUCUCAGAUAUCAUCCAUCCCAAUAGGUUACAGCCAUCCAUCUCUGAUGAAACUUCUUCAGCAGCCACAGAACUUGAGUACAUUUGUUAACAGACCUGCUCUUGGGAUUUUACCUCCAGAGAAUUUUGCUGAAAAAUUAAAGGAAUCUUUGCUUUCCGUGGCUCCUAAGGGCCUGCAACAGGUUAUUACCAUGUCCUGUGGAUCCUGUUCUAAUGAAAAUGCCUUUAAAGCAAUAUUCAUGUGGUACAGGAACAAAGAAAGGGGUAACAAUAAUGUCACAAAGGAAGAACUGGAGACGUGCAUGAUUAACCAGUAUCCAGGGUGCCCUGACUAUAGUAUUCUGUCCUUUAUGGGUGGAUUCCAUGGAAGAACCAUGGGUUGCUUAGCUACAACUCACUCUAAAGCAAUUCACAAAUUAGACAUUCCAUCACUUGACUGGCCAAUUGCUCCAUUCCCAAGACUAAAAUACCCCCUGGAAGAGUUUGUGAAAGAGAAUCAACAGGAAGAAGCCCGCUGUUUAGAAGAGGUAGAAGAUCUGAUUGUAAAGUACAGGAAAAAGAAGAGGAUUGUUGCUGGAAUAAUCAUCGAACCAAUUCAGUCAGAAGGGGGAGACAAUCAUGCUUCAGAUAAAUUCUUCAGGAAGCUACGGGACAUUACCAGGAAGCAUGGCUGUGCGUUUCUGGUGGACGAGGUACAGACAGGAGGCGGCUGCACUGGGAAGUUUUGGGCCCAUGAACACUGGGGCCUAGAUGACCCAGCCGAUGUGGUAACAUUUAGUAAGAAGAUGAUGACAGGAGGAUUUUUUCACAAGGAGGAGUUCAGGCCCAAUGGUCCAUAUCGGAUUUUUAACACCUGGCUUGGAGAUCCCUCCAAGAUCCUCAUGCUUGCUGAAGUCAUUAAUGUUAUUAAGAGGGAAGACCUUCUAAACAAUGCAACCCAUGCAGGGAAAGCUCUACUGGCCGGGCUGCUGGACUUACAGGCUCGUUACCCCCAUCUCAUCAGCAGAGUGAGAGGGCGAGGGACAUUCUGUUCAUUUGACACUCCAGAUGAUACAACUAGGAACAAGCUAAUUGCAAUAGCCAGAAACAAAGGUGUUGUGCUGGGAGGCUGUGGCGACAGAUCGAUCCGUUUCCGCCCAACUCUGAUCUUCAAGGAUCACCAUGCGCACCUCUUUCUGAACAUCUUCAGUGACAUCUUAGCAGACUUCAAGUAAACACACAUUUUCCUUGCACUGAACAGUCCUGUCCUGUCCUCUAAGAUUAUGGAAUUAGUUUACUUAAUUGGUACAUAUUUUCACUUACAGGACAAAAUGUGAAUUCAUAAAAUGAAGCUGUUGUUUUUUUCCCAUGCUUACCAUCAAGUCAGGCUGCUUUAAACUGAAUCUCUGGAUGCACAUGGAGCUUUGGAGUUUCAUAGACCCCCAGCAAGUGCAUCCAAAUGCUCUGAGCAGUGUGUUUGCAAGGGAUAUUGCACUUGAGUGCUAGAUUGCACUCCAUUUUCAGCCUUGGGUCAAAGCAGGAAACAAGGAAAAACCCUACAGACAUGCACUGCCUUGCAUAUUUGAUUAUUUAAAAAUAACACAAUAAUAUAUAUAUUUUCAUAGGUAAAUGCUGUAACUUUCCUUUCUCCACUUUGUGUCCAGACGAAGCAGCAGGUCCUGUGAGUAUGGGGUAGAAGCUUAGGGGAUGUCUGCCAAGCAGAAAGUGCUAUUGUCUGACAGUGACUGGGAGGAAAGAACAGAUGUUUCAAAGCAA